AUGGAUAUUUUGCAGAAAAUAUUAGCGUGUGGAAUCAUUCCACCUAUGUCUGCCUUUGGAAUCGUUGGUAAUAUCCUAGCUCUGAUCAUUUUGAUCCGCCGGAAACCUAUUAAUUCCACUACAGUUGUUCUCAUCGCCAUCGCAAUUGCUGAUCUUGCGUUCAUAGUUACGACAACUGUCACACUUGCCACCCUGCUUAUCAAGGUUUUCUAUCCAGAAAACGCGAAGGAGGUCUCGGUAAAAACCAUCAUUCCUUUCUCCGUAUAUCUUGGUCCUCUUCCGGGCAGAAUUUCUAACUGGUUAGUGGCUCUUGUUUCGCUGGAACGUCUCAUCGCUGUAACGCGUCCCUUCAAAGUGAAACAAAUAUGUACAAAGAAGAUAAUGAUAGUACUGUCGAUUGUUCUUCCCUUGUCGGUUGCCGUUCUCACCAGCCCGAAGCUUUGGCUAUACGAGAUAAAGGACGUGACCCUACCUGACGGCAAUACAACGAAAAUCAUUGCUCUCGGUUUUAUUGGUCGACAGAAGCAACUUUUCGAAGUCUACUAUCUUGUUUCAGAAACUCUUUUACGGUUUGUACCUAUGGGCGUGAUAAUCGUUUCCAAUACUAUUAUCAUUUUUGUUAUCUGCAUACAGGCAAAGUGGAGAAGGCAGAAACAAAAUCAUGCUAUGGGCAAACAACGACAGAUAACAAAAACGCUCCUUACUAUCACCUGUAUUUUCAUCGUCUGUUUGUUACCUUCAACCAUUUCACGCCUAAUGGUUCUCUUCGACCCCAACAGCAACCACGUCAAGUACAGUUCAAAUGUCUACAGUCUGCUAAGUUUAAUUGGACUGCUUACGGAAACCACCAACUCCUCUAUCAACUUUGUGAUCUACGUUACCAUGAACAGUGCAUACCGUCAACAACUCUAUCUUAUUUGUGGCAAGAGAUGCGGAAAUAAAACAAUUUCUAAAUUUGCUUCCGCUGCCAACAUGAAAAGCAGCAGUCGCGCCACGGAUCUUUCUGUGAUAGACUUAACUUCAACGUCAACGGAGGACACUGAGGUAGUUCAUAUGUGA